GAACAAAAGAGAGCAGACGACAACACAGAGCUCGUCCUCUAUAUGACAACAGCACUCCAACGCUAAACAUCACAACCACAGAGGACCUGCACAGAGACACAGCAGCAGCCAAUCAGACACCAGGAUAAAACAGCUUUUCUUAUUUUUUGGUUUCAUUGGACUUUCUGGAUCUUCAGGAUGUUUAGCAGGACGCUUCUGCUCGUCUGUGUGGCGGUUUUCUUCUGCGCAGAUGCUGAGGACAAGUCCCGCGUCUACAGGAGGCCCUCCUGCGUGGGGAUGAGCGUGACUCAGGCCUGUCCUCUCAACUACUCGCCGGUGUGCGGCAGCGACGGCGUUACCUACCCCAACGAAUGCUCUCUGUGUGUCCACAGACUGGAGCAAAACGCCGACAUUUUGAUCGUGACGGAGGGGCCCUGCUGAGGAUGACGUCAUCACACUCCGCAGUGAUGUCAUCACACUUCUAAUAGAUGAUGAUAUGACGUGUAUAUUUGACUUCUGUUUGAAUAUUAGCAUGUAACACACACACACACACACACACUGAUGACUGCAGCCAUAAUAAUAAUCCUUCAAACACAUUCGUUUUAUAGCUGUUUUAUAUUUUCAUAUCUGUAAUUUUUCAUUGAAUCUUUCAACAAUAAAGCUUUUCCUUUUUCUCUGAAUGCA